CGCUGGCAUCGAUACUGUUGUUAUCAGCAUCACUGCCAUCACUGCCAUCACUGCCAUCAUUGCCAUCACUGCCAUCGCUGUCCUCGCUGUCCUCGCUUGGCGCCCACUUCUGCGCGGCAUCCUGCCUCCCUUCGCUUCCUUCUUCCACCCGCCGAUGCCGGCCUGAUUCAUCCUGACUGUCGUUCGCCUUUGCUGACCUUUCGCCAGGCCUGGUCUUCCCUCUAACCUGCUUGCUCGGUCCACUUGCUCCACUUCCUGCAGCCUGUCCCUCGAUCCUUUUCCCGAGCCCAAUGGGUCGCCUGGUGGUCUUUAACCGCCGCAUCGACUUGGCCGGAGAUGACCUCUACGUCCCCGCAUUCUACGGCGUCAUGCUGCACACCAUCUGGAUCACGCUCAUCGCCAUCGUCUACUACUUCUUGCACUCGGACGAGUUCCGUCAGAACUGCCAAGUGGCCGAGCAGCCGUUGUACUUUGUAUGGAUCUACCUGAUCAAUCUCUCGGUCGAGCUCCCGCUGGAGAUCCUAAUUCUGGUCCUGUCCAUGAUGGGAACAGUUGCAAACAAGGGCCCGCGACGGUGGCUGAGCCCGCUGGUCCACAUCCACUUUUUCGUGCUCAUGUGCGAAUAUGCCAUACUGUGGUGGGGCGUCUUUGUCAUCUCCACCAAGGUCGUCUGCACACGACCCAACACCGGCCAAAAGUUCAGCAACUCCGUCGCCAACGUCAUGGUCAACCUCGUGGUCAUCUGGGGCAUCCUGGCACUGUCCUUUUAUCUCUUUUUCUUCAUGCUCUUUAUGCUCGGCUCCAAGACCAAGAAGCGAGCCGCCUUUGACAAAUACCUUGAUUUGUGGAAGCGGCGCUUUGAGCUCUUCUGCGGCACUCUCGGCACUCCCGAGAUCCUCAAGAACGGAAAGGAUACGCUGGCGGAUCUCUCCAAGCAGAUGGCCGACUACUUCCACGACGUCGAUUGGUCUCCGUCUGACAUCCUGGUCGGGCUCAUUUUGCUCAAGCGAGAGCAGAAGCGUGUUCAGCGCCGUCGGGAGGCCACCAAGGCAUACAAGCUGCGCGAGAUCCAAACCUCGGUCCAACCGUCCCUCUCGGCGACUAUGGUGACGUCGCCUGCAAUCUCGCUUCCUUCGUCUUUUGGGUCACCCACCGAGACCAUCCCCAGCCAUGCCCGCCAUCCCAGCCGCGGCAGCAUCACCCCGACCCUCAACACCGUCGACUCUCAGACCGACCUGAUCAAGCGCAAAAUGUCUGACGCUGUGAUUGUGCCGGUCUCGCCCCAACACAUCGACUCGACCCACCCACUUGCGUACGGGCCGAUGGCGUCAACGUCGACUCUGCCCACCUCCACCUCGUCCACGUCUGUCGGCCACAUGCCACUGGCCUCCGAGGCCACCAUGAACUCCCUCCUCGGUUCCCGCUUCGAGAACAACGCCCCCAUUACCCACGCCGACAUUGUCGAUGUCCUGUAUUUUGCCCGGUACGCCGAGCUUGUGUACAACCACACCGAGGCCAAGGCCCUCGGCAAGAGCGUCCUUCUCCACUUUAACGAGGACAACGACCUGUUCAAGUCGCCCUACCUGAUUGCCUACGACCACGACUGGCAGUGCAUCGUUAUUGCCGUGCGAGGCACCUACUCGACUGCCGAUCUGCUCGUCGAUUUCAAGUUUCAAGAGGCUCCGCUACAUGUCGACGAGGACCCCGACGGCCGACACUUUUGCCAUUCGGGCAUGCUCGUAACGGCCGAGAACAUCUACAGCGACAUCGAAACCGAGAAGAUCCUGCAGCGGGUGCUGUCCCCUGAAUCGGCCUAUUCGCACUACCGCGUUGUCGUGUGCGGGCACUCGCUUGGCGCGGGUGUUGCGGCUCUGCUCUGCUACAAGCUGCGCAAGAGCGGGUAUGGCCGUGCGCUGUGCUACAGCUACAACCCACCGUCCCAGCUUGUCUCGGUCGUCCCGGCCGUGCUGUUCGAGGAGUUUUGCAUCUCUGUCGUCAUCGGCGACGACCUCGUCUCACGUCUAUCGCCGCAGUCCAUGGAGAUUCUCAAGAUCGACGUUCGUCGACUGAUCAACAACUGCGACCGCCCCAAGUGGGAGAUCUUCAAGUCCGUCCUCGGCAACCACUUCUUCAAAUGGACAACCAAAAAGCAAGGCAAAAUGGGAGCCGCAGGUCUGCAACGACAGCCCACCGACCUCGGUGGAGGCACCCUCCAGCGGUCCGGCAACGGUAGCGGCAGCGGCAAGGACACCGGCGGCAAGUCCACCCUUCAACGGGUCCAGAGUCCGACCGCCGGCCUGGAAUCUGUCGAACUCUCGGACAUUGACGAGGAGCAGCUCAAACGACGCACGGUCUCAAUUCGCCGUGAUGAGCGCGGCGUCGAUCUUGAAAGCCAGCUGGCGAACAUGAGCAAGGAGAUUCCACGAAUGUAUAUUGCCGGACGCAUCCUGUAUCUCGAAAAGAUCACAAAGUACCUGAAUCUGGAGUCGACUUUCUCGAUCGGCAUCGAGGAUCAAGACUCUACUCGCAAUCCCUUCCGCAAGGGCCCACAAAUGAUCCGCCGCGCCAUCCUCAAGAACAGAGAGCUUCAGGCACUGCAGAUGAGCCAAGCAAACGACUCGUCGCUCUCGCAAGUUUCCCUCGAUGCCUGUGCGCCAUCUUCAACGCUCCCCAAGAGCGAUCUGGCGCGCUCGGCCUCGCAGCGCUCCAAGCUCAACAGUCCCCGAGUUGCCGUGCCUGCCCCCACCGCCGGCAACAACUCCAGCAACCCCAGCAACAGCAGCAGCAGCAGCAUCAGCGGCGGCACCCUUACUCGGUAUCAGAGCACCCUCACCCGCCGCGAGCCCGGAAUGAUCCACUCCGAGAGCGACAAAUAUCAGUAUGUCCCUCGCUGGGCCUCCCGCGACGAGUUCCAGGAAAUCCAGAUCUCGCGCUCGAUGCUCUCCGACCACCGGCCCUUCGACAUCCUGAAGGAGCUCUGGAAUACCCCUCCUGGAAAGCCUUUGAAGGUGUACCGGAACUGAGUGGUGGCAAGAUCUCCCGGAGCAAGAAGAACGGAGGCAAACU